AUCUUCCUUGUCCUCCCUCCCCUCUCUCUCUCUCUCAUCCCCAACGUCUCCUUCCCUUCCCCCCCACACACUCUGUCUGGGCUCCGCGACAAUGAGAUCGCUCUUCGCCAAGCAUGGGCGCCACCCCACCACGCCGCCUGCGCCCUUCGCCGGCGGCGAGACCCCGCCGCGCCGCCGCUUCCCCAAGGAGAACGUCGACCCUUCCUCCCCGGCGCACAAUCCCCACGCCUCGGAGCACGCAUCCCCUUCCCCCUACCGUUCCCCUUCUUCCGCCGCCAAGCCGUUCGGCAUACGCAACAGGAGCCUACCCCCGCGGCCCCCGUCGUCCAACCCCCUCAAGCGAAAGCUCGACGUCUCCCCCGCGAGGACCGCCGCUGGCCCUGUGCUCGAGGGCGCUACUGCAUCCGAUUCUGGGGUCCAGGUGGUGGUGAGGAUACGGCCGCCGUGCCAGGUGGAGGGGGAGGAGGCUGGGGAGGAUGGGCGGGGAUCUGAGUGCGUGCGCAAGAUGGCGAACAACUCGGUCGCGAUUCAGGGGCAGGACUUCACUUUCGAUGCGGUCGCUGACGCGGCCUCCACGCAGGAAGAUGUAUUCAAGCUUGUUGGGCUACCGCUUGUUGAGAAUUGCUUGUCGGGUUUCAACAGCUCAAUAUUUGCCUAUGGCCAGACUGGGAGUGGAAAGACAUACACAAUGUGGGGCCCUCUCUCUGCACUUUCAGGAGGCUCGAUGGGCUGCGAGAGGGGACUGACACCACGUGUUUUUGAGCAGCUGUUCUCCCGGAUUAAAGAAGAACAAGCAAAACACAUGGACAAAGAGCUAACUUACAAUUGCACCUGCUCUUUUCUCGAGAUCUACAAUGAACAAAUAACCGAUUUGCUAGAUCCACUGCAAAAAAAUCUUCAGGUUCGAGAGGAUGUUAGAACUGCUUGUGUUUAUGUUGAAUCAUUGACAAAGGAGUUCGUUUUCAGUGUGAACGAUGUAAAUCAGCUAUUGGUGAAGGGCCUGGCAAACCGGAGAACAGGGUCAACAAGUGCGAAUGUGGAUAGUUCACGCUCUCAUUGUGUUUUUACAUGUGUCAUUAAAUCCGAAUCGAAUAAUCUUGAAGAUGGCUCAAACUGCAUAAGAAUAAGCAGGAUAAAUUUAGUAGAUCUUGCUGGAUCUGAGCGGCAAAAGCUAACUCAUGCAGCUGGGGAUCGCCUGAAAGAAGCAGGAAAUAUAAAUCGGUCCCUUUCAGCACUCGGAAAUUUGAUUAAUAUACUGGCAGAAAUUUCACAAUCUGGAAAGCAAAGGCACGUUCCUUAUCGUGAUUCAAAGCUGACAUUUCUAUUACAAGAAUCCCUCGGUGGUAAUGCAAUGCUUGCAAUGAUUUGUGCUGUUUCACCGUCAGAAAGAUGUAAGAGUGAAACAUUAAGCACUCUUAGGUUCGCUCAACGUGCUAAAGCUAUAAAAAACAAUGCUGUUGUCAAUGAACAAAAAGAGGAAGAUGUCAAUGCACUGCAUGAGCAGAUCAGGCAUUUGAAGGAUGAACUUCAUCGAAUGAAGUCGAAUGUAGGCUCUGAAGGAGGCAAUGCCAAUUUUUCUACUGGAUGGAAUGCCAGGCGCAGUUUGCAUCUACUAAAAAUGAGUUUGAAUCGUCCUACAACAUUCCAGGCUAUCAAAGAAGACAGCGAUGAAGAAAUGGAGAUAGAUGAGAAUGAUGUUGAGGAUCCCUGUAAUCAUGAAAGUAUGGUAACAUCCCCCUCAGGUCAUAACGAUUCUAAAAAGUUUCAGGCUUCAGGGGAGAUACAUGCUGGCUCUUCACACAUUGAUGCUUUUGAUGGAGAUAAAAAUUCGAUGCCUACAAAAAGGUCAUGUUCUGAUGCUAAUAAGCUUGGAGAUGACAGAUGCAAGUUAAACCUCGCUGCCAGCAUACAGAGAGGACUUCAAGUCAUUGAAAGCCACCAAAACAAUGGUGCAUGGAGGAGAGCCUCGGUCGGGUUAAAUGCUAGAAUUAGGGAACUUCUUCCUUGCAAAGUUGAUGUAGCGACUCAGACUGACCCUGAAGAAUUCCACGCGAGAGAUAACACACUGGCUCUAGUUCCUACUAGUCUAGUUGAGGUUUCUUCAAACGAGAGUAAGGAUCCUGAUGCUUGCAGGGAUCUACAAUUAGUUCUAGCUGAUGAUGCAGUACCAUCUAAUGAACUAAAGCAGAAGAAAAUUCUCAAAGCUGUGGAGAAGGUCCUGGCUGGAGCCAUCAGACGAGAGAUGGCACGUGAUGAACAGUGUGCAAAACAAGCUGUAGAAAUUCAACAGCUAAAUCGUUUGGUGCAACAAUAUAAGCAUGAGCGCGAAUGCAAUGCAGUAAUUGCACAAGCAAUGGAAGGAAAGAUUGCUAGGCUUGAAAGUUUGAUGGAUGGAACUUUACCGACUGAUGAGUUUGUACACGAGGACUAUCUAUCUCUUAUGAACGAGCAUAAGAUCCUCCAAAAGAAAUAUGACAAUCAUCCUGAAGUCCUACGUGCUGAAGUUGAGCUUAAGGUACUGCAGCAGGAAUUGGACUUGUGCAGGAAUUACAUGGAUGAGAAAGAAGUUUUACAGGAGGAGAUACAUCAUCUGAAAAGUCAGUUGCAUUAUAUGCUUUCGUCAUCUGCAUCAAUUCGCAGGCUCUGGCCUCCACUGCAAUUGUGCCAGAGCGUUAAUCCUUCACCCGGAGCAAAAGAUGGUGAUGGUGAUACAAACGUCACGGACACUCCUGACUGUGAUGAAGCUGAGAGUAAAUGGCUUACUCUCAGAGAAGAGCUUAGAGUUGAGCUUGAAGCAAAUAAAUCUCUUGUUGGAAGGUUGCGGUCAGAAUUAGAGUCAGAGAAAAAAUGCUCAGAGGAAUUGAAGGAGGCAUUACAAACAGCAAUGCAGGGACAUGCUAGAAUCUUGGAACAGUACGCUGAACUUGAAGAGAGGCAUAUCGGUUUGCUUGCAGUGCAUAGGAGGAUCCGUGAAGGUGUUGAAGAUGUUAAUAUGAGGGCUGCAAAAGCUGGUGUCAAAGGAGCUGAGUUGCGGUUCAUAAACUCCCUUGGUGCUGAAAUCUCCAUCCUGAGAGCAGAAAAUAAAGGCCUUCAGGACCAGCUAAGGGAUACAGCUGAAGCUGUUCAAGCUGCUGGUGAAUUGCUAGUGCGAUUAAAGGAGGCUGAGGAAGCCACAGCAGUUGCCCAGAAGCGAGCCUCGUUGGCUGAGGAGGAGACAGAGAAAGCCUAUCAGGAGAUUGAUAACCUGAAAAAGAACUACGACCAGGAAAUCGUCGCGCUAAACUAUCGCCUCACAGAAUACUGCCAGCAGAACAACAAUGCUUUACUGCCGGCUGCAUCCAGCAAUCUCGAGGCUGCUACCACGGAUGACGCAGUUGGUAGUUGCCCUGGUGACCAGCAAUGGCCGAGGGAGUUGGACGCCUUCCACCAGCGUGGAUCACUGGAGGUAACCAAGAGCACCGACCUCAACUCGUGGUUCUCUGGCUACGAUAGAUGUAACAUCUGAUGGAGCCGCAUGUCUGUUAAGUUUUCUCUUUGUACCUUAGAGGAAAGGGGUAGUAGCACUAUGUUGUACAUCACAGAGGACGAUGCUACUGAUGAAGGUGCGUCUCUCUUCACUGUCUCUGUGAGGCGUGGCGCUACAGAUCCUGCUUACUAUUCUCCCAUUGUAUAUUUCGAUGUUGAUGAACCCUCUACAUUACAAGAGCGGGAGCAAUGCUUUUGUGAUUUAUCGCUGUAAUCUUUUACUGAAGAGCACUUGAUAAUCUUUUACCGAAGAGCAUUUGGUACCAUGCGGCUUUA